ACUUGUUUUGGGAGUCCUAACUCAUAAGUUUUGGCUUAUUUCUGUAUACCGAACUUGCUCUUCAUUCAUCCAUCCAGCUUUUGUCCAACACUUCACCAAGAUUUCUAUUUUCAGCUGUCCAAUAUGCGCCCUCCUAUACCCAGAUUUUUCCAUUGGAAUCUGGGUUGCACCACAAAUUUCAAUCUGAGGAAUUGUGCUACAAGAUUGCUGUUUCAAUCUAUACACACCAAUGCACAGGGCUCCAUUGGUCAUUAUGUAGACAAUUCUUUGCUAAAAACUUACUCGACUUCAUCAUAUGAAAUAUUGCCAGAAGAUGGUACAUCCAAUAUGUUGGUUGAUACCUUUGGAAGGCUGCAUACUUAUUUGAGGAUUUCCUUGACUGAACGCUGCAAUUUAAGGUGCCAGUAUUGCAUGCCGGCUGAUGGGGUUGAACUCACUCCUAACCCGCAACUUUUAACACGGAGUGAAAUUAUUCGCCUAGCGAAUUUGUUUGUCAGCUCCGGAGUGGAUAAAAUUCGUUUGACUGGUGGAGAGCCAACAAUCCGGAAGGAUUUUGAGGAUAUUUGCCUAGAGCUUUCAAAUUUGAAGGGACUAAGGACUCUUGCCGUAACUACAAAUGGGAUUACUUUAGCAAGAAAGCUUGCUCGAAUAAAAGAAUGUGGAGUUAAUUUGGUUAACAUUAGCUUGGACACGUUGGUUCCAGCGAAGUUUGAAUUCAUGACUAGACGCAAAGGACAUGAAAGGGUGAUGGAGUCUAUUCGGACUGCAAUAGAUGUUGGUUAUAAUCCUGUUAAAGUGAAUUGUGUGGUUAUGCGUGGAUUCAAUGAUGAUGAGAUUUGUGAUUUCAUAGAGUUGACACGUGAUAAACCAAUCAAUGUCCGGUUUAUUGAGUUUAUGCCUUUUGAUGGGAAUGUUUGGAAUGCCAAGAAGCUUGUACCGUAUAAGGAGAUGUUGGACAUAGCGGUUAAACGAUUUACAGGGCUUCAAAGAAUUAAGGAUCAUCCAACGGAGACAGCUAAGAAUUUCAGUAUAGAUGGGCAUCAGGGCAGAGUUUCCUUCAUUACAUCAAUGACAGAGCACUUUUGUGCUGGUUGCAACAGGUUGAGGCUUUUGGCAGACGGGAAUUUUAAAGUCUGCCUUUUUGGUCCCUCAGAGAGAAAUCACAGGCAAAGUUUUUUCAUAAAAACUUCUAUGCUUCUUCAUGCCCAGGUUAGCUUGAGGGAUCCCAUUCGUUGUGGUGCUGACGAUGAUGAACUAAGGCAGAUUAUUGGUGCUGCAAUCAAAAGGAAAAAGGCUUCUCAUGCUGGAAUGUUUGACAUAGCAAAAACACCGAACAGACCAAUGAUACAUAUCGGUGGCUGAGGCUAAUUAUCAUUCAUAUGCAUAAGUUCAAAAUGCUCCCUUCUGUUAAUGACAGUCUGUGUUUAGCGUACAAAUUUUCUGCUUUAUUCCGAGGAGAGUGCAAUCAUAUCAUCUUUCUGCUUAUGCAUCCAUAAGCAAUAUAGAUAACAAGAUUUCAUUCCAUUUGCUUUUCACUGCCUUGAGAUUAUGAUGUCUUACUUUGUUGUUCAUUGCUGUUUGACUAAUCUUUUACUCAUAAUCUAGACCUCCAUUCCAUACCUUUCAGUUAUGUAUAUAUAAGUUUGCUAAA